GAUUUACUUUGUAUCUUAAUCCUCACUGAUUAAACUGAUCACAUUGAAUGGAAAUUGUUUCUAUAAAAAAACCGCCAAUCAGCUGUUACUUUUUGUUCAUUUCGCUUUUGUUGUUAAAGUUGAAAAUUGAUUUUCUAUUCUGUUUUUAUUAAUUAAUUGAUUCUCCAACAAUUAAAUUUAUUUUCAAAUUGAUUUAAUUUCCAAUUGUAUUGACAUCAUAUUAAUGUGAUCCAAGCGAUUAUAAUUGUUAAUUGGAAACAUUUAUUAUUCUAAUUAUUCAACUAUGGUUAUUGGUAAUUGACCAAACAAAUCAUCAUUUUAGAUUAUCCUGAGAACUGUUUAACAAUUAACUAAUUAGUGUUCCAAUUUUCAGUUAGAUACAUCAUCAAACGUUUUGUGAUUACAAUAUGACCAAACAAUUAAAAAUUACUGCUUUUAUGAAGCCAAAACCGGAGAAGAAGAAAAUAGAAGCCGAUGAGUUUGGAGUAAUUACCAUUGAUGACGAUACAUCAUUUCGUAAAUUUGAUGAUGAUGAUUUUGUGGAAGAUUAUGGUGACAUUAAAAGGAAAAAAAAUUCUUCAAUUAAAUCAGCAAAUUCGCAGAUGAGAGACAACACCAAUCCCAAUAAUAACAAUACGAAUGACGGUCCAAGAAAAUGUCCUUUUUAUAAGAAAAUACCUGGAACUAAAUUUGCCGUUGACGCUUUUAAUUUCGGUCUAAUUCCGGGAAUCCAAUUCUAUUUUCUGUCCCACUUUCACUACGACCAUUAUAUUGGACUGAAGAAAUCGUUUAUUGGUACAAUUGUUUGCUCUCCAAUAACUGGUCGACUUGUAAUGAGCCAAAUUGGAAUCGCUGAGAACCAAUUGAUUAUGAUUGAUAUUCACCAGCCAAUUAUGAUCGAUGGAGUUCAGAUCAUCGCUAUUGACGCUUUCCACUGUCCCGGUGCUGUUUUAUUCCUAAUGAAUCUACCCAAUGGUAAACGAAUCCUUCACACCGGUGAUUUCAGAGCUUCACCAGCUAUGGAAAAAGAUAUUUACUUGACCGAAAAGCCAAUUGAUCAAAUUUAUCUCGAUACAACUUAUUGUGAUCCUAAUUACAAAUUCCCUGCUCAAGAUGAAACUUUACAAGCGAUUCUCAAUAUAACCAAGGAUCACCUUGAAAAAUACAAGCAAACCUUAAUUGUUUGUGGCACUUACAGCAUUGGAAAGGAGAAAGUGUUUAAAAUAAUUUGCUCAUCACUUUCCCUUAAUCUCUGGGUGACUACGGCAAAAUUAAAGCUCCUCAAGUGUAUCGAUGAUAAAGAAAUUAAUUCUUACCUGGUCACCGAUAAAACUAAAGCUCAAGUUCAUGUAUUACCAAUGAAAGAUAUUAAUCAACGUGCUCUCCGAGAAUAUUUAUCUGAAUUUGGUAAAAAAUACUCAUCAGUUUUAGCGUUCAAGCCAACUGGAUGGACGGAAGAUGGUAAAUCAUUGAGCUCAGUUAAACCAAUUAUCAGGGAUAAUAUUUCAAUCUAUGGUAUUCCUUAUAGUGAACAUUCAAGUUACUCCGAGUUGGAAAGAUUCAUUAAAUUUUUUAAGCCGAAAACCAUAACACCGACAGUUAAUGUUGGUAAUCAGAAAAAAAGGGAAUCAAUGUUCAAAAUUUUCGCUGAUUGGAAAACAGGGGAUAAAAAACGAUAAUCAAUUUAAUCGCAAUCAAAUCAAUUAUUUCCCGACCAUUUAAACACUCUGAGAGUGUUUAACCAAUGACAACAACAAUCGAGUGAAACAUUUUCAUUAACCAUCAACUAUUUUUCGAAAAAUUAUCUUCUAUCUAAUUAAUAUCAAUCGCAAAUACUCACAAGUUGAUUGAUUAUACUUUGUUAAUUAGUGAUCAUUUUUAAUCAACAAGAAAACAUUUAAACCACUUGA